UUUGCGGGAAAGAAGAAAAAUGAACAGUCGUCCACGAAGAAAAUGUGUAUCUGUCAGUUUUGUUGCGGACGAAGACGUUAUUCAGCAUAUAGUAGACGCGCACGAAAAGUCUUCAAGAAAGGGAAAGAAAAGUAAAUCAAAUACUCCUAGUAAAGACAAACUUAGUUAUAAAGAGGACCUGAGAAAAGACACCCCAGAGGUCAGUGAGGAUGAAGAUGAAACACAAAUCAAAGCACCAAGCACCCUAGAGGAAGGCAAUGUAUUGGUUGGAACAGAUUUAUUUCAAUUCAGAACACCAAAGAAAUCAGGACAGAUGGCUGCAAAGGCUUCUGAGUCGAGAACACCAAAGUCAAUCCUGAAAAAAGUCAAAGAUCUCAAUGAGAAUGUAACACCAGGAAAAGAUAAAAAGACACCAGUUAAAAGAAAAGGUAAAGUAAAACGCCCGGAAGCUACCACACCAUACAGACUGAGACAGAGGCAUUUAGAAGUGUCUGAUUCUGAAGAAAGUUUUUCAUCAGGAGAUAGUGAAGAUGAAUUGGACAGUGAUGAAAAUUCUACACCUAGUGGUAAUAAAUCACUCAGUUCAAGAACGCCAUCUGGUGGCAGUAAACAAUCUACACCAAAAACUCCAUCUGGUGGAAGCAAAACACCAUCAAGUAUAAAAAGGAAUCGUAGACAGCAUGAAGACACAGUUGAUGUGCCAUCAAUGGUCCAGGACUAUUUUGAUCUUCACUCCGAAGGACCUUGUGCUACCUCAGACAGGACCUUGGCCAAAUUAGGUACAAGUAAAAUGGACCAGGAGACACUUUCACAGUUAUUGCAUAAGAUUCCCUCCAGUCAUAGUAAAGAGUGUACACAGAUGUAUACGGAACAUAGGAGCUUAUUUAACCAGUGGAUGUAUCAAAUGUGCAAUAACUUCAAUAUUCUCCUGCAUGGUUUAGGAUCAAAGAGAACUUUACUGGAAGAUUUCAGGAAGACCAUGUUGUCAGAAUUAUCACAUGUUGUGGUGAAUGGAUAUUUCCCUAGCCUGACAGUCAAACAUAUAUUAAAUUCAAUAACUGAUGAAAUAUUGGAGAAAGAAGUCAGUUUUAAAGGACCAUUAGAUCAAGUAGAUUAUAUUAAAUCAGAAUUUGAAUCAAAAGAUUACAGAGAUUUUUAUUUGGUAAUGAAUAAUAUAGAUGGUAUGAUGUUACGAGGGGAGAAGACACAGAAUAUACUGAGUCUCCUGAGUCAGAUCAGAGGGUUCCAUGUUAUUGCUUCUAUUGACCACAUCAAUGCAUCACUAAUAUGGGAUCAGAGUAAAUGUAGCAGAUUUAAUUGGUUGUGGUAUGAUGUUACAACAUAUCUACCUUACACAGAUGAGACAUCAUAUGAGAAUUCAUUACUUGUACAACAAUCUGGUUCACUGGCCCUCAGCUCUAUGACACAUGUUAUGAAGAGUUUGACACCAAAUGCAAAAAAUAUAUUUAUACUGCUAACUAAGCACCAAUUAGAGAACAAAGACAACAGCACUUACAUAGGUAUGUCUAUACAAGAUUUAUACCAACGAUGUCGGGAAGGUUUCUUAGUCAACAGUGAUCUUACAUUGAGGGCACAACUGGUGGAAUUUAAAGAUCACAAGUUAAUUAAGAGUAAAAAGAGUUAUGACGGUAUAGAACAUUUAAUGAUACCUAUAGACAAUGCUACGUUAUCAGAGUUUUUAGAACAACAUGAAAGAUCCUGAUACAGUAGUGGAUUAAAGAAACAAAGACUAUGGUUAUGCCACCAUAUGAUGUGUUCAAAUUAUUUAUAUGUACUCUUUUCAAUAAAAUUGAGAUAGGAA